AUGUCUUAUGAACUACGCAAUCAGAUUUCCAAGUAUACAGGCUUCAGUCCUAAAAAAAUCCGUCUUCCAAUCACAGAAGAGGAUAAACGGUUUUUUCAGGAAUUAAUAGCAGAUCAGGAAGAGAUGAUAGAUAUUGUAAUAAAUGAGUAUCGAUUUUUGCAACAUUAUGGGCAUAAUUAUAAAGGAGGUUCCUUAAUCCAUAUAAUGUGGGUGUAUAUAUGUACUAAAAAAAAUGCUGAGAAAGUAUUGAUAGAGGCACCUCCAUCAAAGAUAUUAUCGAAAAAG